AUGAGUGCGUCGCACAGCGCUGACACGCGCGGUGCGCCUGUCGAGCCCUCGAGCGAUUCCGACGAAGACAUUGAUGUGAUCAAUGUUGAAUUUGAUUUUCAGGCGCCAAGUGAAAUUGACUUCCAGGCCCUGAAACGUCUGUUCCAGCAGAUGUUCUACACGCACGCCCCUCAAAUGGACAUAGGCGUGCUGGCAGACCAUGUGAUCCAGACAGGCAUGACUCAAGGCAUUGGCACGGUCAUUAAGGUGGACGACAUUGAACAAGUGCACGAUCCCUACGCCGUUAUUAGUGCCGUGAUGCUAGGACCUGCGUCGCCCGCCUCCGACCUCCUGCGAACGUACUUUACCACGCAACUAAGCAAGGCUGCCUCGGCGAAGCCAUUCCUUGACCUGAUUAAAAGCUCAUCCGACAGUAGACCACAUUUGUUUGUACUACAUGAGCGCAUGAUCAAUCUCCCGCCUCAAGUGAUGCCCCCGCUUAUGCGAAUGCUGCUCGAGGAAGUGGAUGAGUCCCUGCGACAGACGUCGUUGCCCAAACCAUCUCAUCUGAUCAUAUUUUCUCGUGCAUUCUCUGCGGAUGCCCUCGAGGAAGGAGAUGAGGAAGAGGAGCCUACUGGCCUAGCCGGUGCUCGCAAGCGCAAAGCCCGUGGAGAGCACGUACACCCCGACGAUGCAGCGGCCGCGGCCCUUGGAAAACCAGUCGCCAACAAGAAGCGGGCCGCAGGGUCGCAUGAUGAUGGCUUGGGCUCUUUUCACCCCGAAGAUGAGCUGAUCCGCGAGUUUGCGUCACACUCGUACACCUAUCGUUUUCCACCCCCUCGUGAUGCUGCUGACUCUUACGAGGCACCACUAUUUGGACGCUUACUCGCAGUGCCUUAUAGUGAGGCACCGGCCUUACUACAGCGCCUGCUAGAUGUCUGGCCGCCUCCUGCCUAG